UUCCAAACGUUUUGUUUUUAAUUUUAAAGCAAGUACCUGCAAUUGUGUGUUUGACUUCCACACACCGCCAGCGUCAGUACAAUUCCGGACCUGUUGGGAAACUGAUAGCCUGGGUCAAAAUGAGACCAUUCUGUUGUCUGAGGGGAAAUGCCAAGUGAGAGGAAACUUCGUUUGCCUGUUUGCCCAUCCACAUCGCCGAGAACCUGCGCAGCUCUGCUCAUUGGCAGGCUGCACUUGCGGAUACUGCUACUGUGAAAUGUUGAUGAACUUCAAUUCCACAAAAAUGUUGACCUGGAUUCUUGUUCUAAGUGCAGUUUUAGUUUCAAUCGAUUCCCAGAAGGCAGAUCCUUCUGAUAAAGAAGUGUGUGAGAAUCUUUGCUCCUGUGAAGAGAGAGAUGGUUUGCUGCACAUAAACUGUCAAAACAGAGACAUUACUGAAAUAUCCCAAAUAAAGCCACCCCAGACAUGUACCUAUAAUCUUAACCUACAGGAAAACUUUGUGACCACAUUAUAUCGUGAUGGCUUUCUCAACUUUAAGAAUGCUUUGUCAUUACAUCUGGGCAAAAAUAAUUUGCAAGACCUGGAAGCUGGGAUUUUCACUGGCCUUAGUUCUUUGAAACGCUUACAUAUAAAUGGCAAUUACUUGGAAGUGCUACGAGAGGGCACAUUUCGAGGAUUGGAAUAUUUGGAAUUCCUUCAGGCAGACAAUAAUUUAAUCCACAUUAUUGAGCCUGGCGCAUUCAGCAAACUGCACCGGUUAAAAGUGCUAAUCCUGAACGACAAUGCAAUCUCUUUUCUGCCCACCAACAUCUUCCGCUUUGUGCCUUUGACCCAUCUGGACCUUCGUGGAAAUCAGUUAGAUUCACUUCCUUAUGUUGGUCUGCUGGAGCACAUUGGCAGAAUAAUGGAACUUCAGCUGGAAGAUAAUCCAUGGAAAUGCGACUGUGAUUUAUUGCCACUCAGAUCGUGGCUGGAAAACAUGCCUCCUCAAUCUAAUAUUGGCAAUGUUGUUUGUAUGCACCCAUUUCGACUGAAAGGCAAGGUUUUAACUAAAACAUCCAUCAUUGAGAUUUGCCCAAUGGGGUCUGGUACUGACUUUGAAGAGCCCAUAAAUUCAAUCCAUUUGGUGGUAACUCCAGCUGCUGAUAACACUCACAUCAAUAUUCACAAUGCAAAUAAGUCAGUUAUUAAAGAACCUAAAAAGGAUCCAUUUAUUCCACUGCCUGAUGGACAGGAUGAUGGUAAAAUUCUUAUAUCAGAGCCUGGAUCACAUCCAAAAUCACCCUGCACAACAACUUGUCAUUGCAGCACACAACCAAAUGUUGGACAGAUAAUGAAAUGUCAAGGAAGAAACAUUAAGAGUUUAACGGACCUUGUGCCUAGUCCCCCAAAUCCAGUAAAGCUUUAUCUGACUGAUAACAUCAUCCAGUCUGUGGCAAAGUAUGAUCUUCUAGAAUAUGGCAGCUUGGAUUUACUACAUUUAGGCAACAACCGAAUAACACUAAUCGAGGAUGGUGCUUUUGCCAACCUCACCAAUCUCCACAAGAUAUAUUUGAAUGGGAAUGGUAUUGUAAGAUUAACAAAAGAAAUGUUCAUUGGGCUCCAGUGCCUCCAGUACUUGUAUCUGGAACACAAUACAAUUAAAGAGAUAUUACCAGGGACAUUCAGUGUCCUACCACAGCUCAAGGUCUUAUAUUUGAAUAAUAACCUCCUUCAUAGCUUUCCUCCACAUAUAUUUUCUGGCGUUCCACUUUUACGGCUAAAUCUUAAACAUAACCAUUUUAUGCAUCUUCCUGUGAGCAAUGUGAUUGAUCAACUCGAGUUUCUAGUUCAAAUUGAUCUAGAAGAUAAUCCAUGGGAUUGUACUUGUGACUUGGUAAGCUUGAAGCAAUGGAUGGAAAAACUUAGUAAAAAUGUAACUGUGAGUGAGAUCAUGUGUGAAUCUCCUGAGAAGUUCGCCAAGAAAGAUUUGAAAAUGUUAAAUAAUGAAUUGAUAUGUCCUGGAUUAAUAAAUGUCCUGGUUGCGCCAACACAGUCAAAUGAUAUCAACCUAGUCACAGUAGCCACAAGUACAGCCUCCAGCCUUUUGAAUUCUAUCAUGGACACAGUGCCACUUUCUGUUUUGAUCCUUAGCAUGUUGGCGGUAUUCAUUUUGAUUGUAUUUAGUGCAGCCGGAAUAGUGGUCCUUGUGCUCCAUCGUCGGAGGAGAUCAAAAAAGAAACAAAAAACUACUCCAGUGCAGGACUGCAGUCCAUUGCAUGUUCAGUACAGUGUAUAUGGACACAAGAGGACCCACCAUACAGAAGAAAGACCAGAUGGAAAUGUAUACGAGCAGCAUACAAUUAAUGCAAUUGGUCCAGUGUGCAGAAGCCGUCCUUACAACAUUAGAGAUAUAGAGCUAGAAAAUGAAAACAAAGAUGGAAUUGAACCGAAAAUGAUAUACAGGAGUCACAUGAUGAGAGAAAAUAAUUCUAUGCUCACAGGUUCCAAAUUCAGUGUAAUGGAGCAGACCCCAGAGUUUAUACCCCUCUGUGAUCCUGGUUCAAUGUAUAGAAAUAUGCUUGAGAAAGAAAGGGAGCUUCAACAAAUUGGAAUCACUGAAUAUUUGAAGAAAAAUAUCCCACCUCUACAAUCAGAACUCGAUGUUCGUUAUCCAUCAAGACAUGAAGAGCUGAAACUGAUGGAAGCGAUCAUGUAUUCGAGACCUAAAAAGGUUGUGGUGGAAGAGACAAAAAAUGAGUAUUUUGAGCUGAAAGCAAAACUACAGGCUGAGCCUGACUACCUAGAGGUACUGGAACAACAGACUGCAUUAAACCAACCAUGACUUCUGGAAGGACAUUAACAUUUUUAUCAUGGUUAUUACAUUGUGAUAAAUGAGCUCAUUUGCUAUUCCAAGACAUUAGUGCCUUUACAGAUGGUUCUCUUUUUUUCUACACAAAAUACAGCAGUAAUCCUUAUUAAUCUCAGGGAUCGAUAGACAAACCAUUGGGAACAGCCAUUGAGAAUGCAGAUACCUGUGCAGUAACUGUCAGCAGUGUUUGUUUCACAGUAUGCAGAGACUGUGUGCAGUAGUCAAGCACAAAGCUUUAUAAAGCGACAGGACGAUCAUUUUGUAGUUGUAAAGACAAUCCUAUUAAUAUAGACUAAAAAUGUUAUGAUGUGAGCCAAUGGUGGUUAAAAGAGGUAACCUGAAGGUGUGAUUACUGCUUGUAUGCACAUUUAAUGGGAGCCUUAUUUUCAAGGCUACUGAUUUGCAGUUUUCGUGAAAAAAGUGGACAUGAAAUCAUGGAACUGGAUCCCCAAAACAACAGUAAUAAUUGCAUGUAACAAAACAAAAUUUGACUUAUUCAGUCAAUGUAAACAAGCAACUUUGCUUAAUUUCGUUUUAGUUAAUGUAUAUUCUGACAGUCUUCUGUUACAAUUUCAUUGUCUGAUAUUGGGGUGUGUUACAUGAGUUCUGACAAUCCAAUCUUCUGAUGCUGCUGGACUUUAAUUUACAUUCUAGAGAAUAGUUUGUACUUGAAAAUCUGCAAGUCUGUAAUAUCUACUGUAUGAAGCAGACACAGAGCUGGCUGCACACUGUAUUUAGACUGUAUCAUGUUCCUCUUUGUGAAGUUUCUCUUCCAUCAUUUAUAUCAUUGGGCAUUCACAGGUCCUCCAAGCCUGGGACUCCAUUCACUGCUUUUUAUUUUGAGAGAAAUUUAAAGAAAAUAAGUUGUUCUUUUCAUUUGCAAAUCUUCAAACCACUCAAAGGUUAAAAGCUGAUACAUGUAGGGUAAAAACAAGAAGCACACAAAGACCAAAAUGCUGAAGGAUGCAAUUUGUUUCAUAUACUAUAUUGAACUCUGCAAGAUAUUUUUUAAGUUACAAAAAUGUAAGAUUCUGUAAGCUAUUUAUUCUGUACAGUUUUGCAAAUAAAUCAGGGGUGCCUUUCUUGUAAAUAAAAAUGCGCACUGAACUUCUAGUUGAAAUAAAGUCAGGAUGAAAUAA